CCGCGUGCUCUAGCAUCUCAUCCACCCACUCCAACACAGCUCCGCGGGUAUCUGCAGCCAUCAAAAGAGCGCGAACUCUCGAUCAUCGAAGAGGCUAGAGUUGAGUCACUCAAGGCCGAAUCGCUCAAGACCGGACCGCCAUCGCCAAGAACGCCAGAAACUGCGACCGCCCCAGAGAACCAGCCUAGAGAGCGCAGAUCUCGACAUCCAAAGAUGUCCAUUCCACCUCAACUCCAGCAGCAGCUGCGUCUGCUCAUUCGCGCAAAUCACAUCCUCCACCACCAUGGCCUCGUCGAUGCCUUCGGCCACAUAUCCGUGCGACACCCGCUCAACAAAGAGCAAUACAUCAUCGCCGCAUACGAUCCCGGCGCCCCGGCGCUCGUCAAGAACAUGAGCGACUUCAUAUCCUACUGGGUCAAGGACUCUACACCUGUCGACCCCGACGCGCCACAAGGCUACAGCGAGCGCUACAUACACGGCGAGAUAUUGCGACGGUUCCCAAAAGUGAACUGUGUGGUGCACUCCCAUUCAGAGGAUGUCAUUCCUUUCACCGUGGGACAUGGUGCGCGGGAGCCGCAUCCUGUGCGACCGGUCUUUCACAUGGCUGGCUUCCUUGGCCAGGGCGGUGCUUCGGUAUUCACAAUGGAUAGUCUGUAUGGGACGGCACGAGCGCCGUCGGAGCAUGACUUGUUGAUCAAGAAUGCGACGCUUGGUGCAGCUCUGGCAGCGCGGUUCUCGCCGGAGAACCCGGUGGUGCUGCAGCACAAGCAUGGGUUCACAACGUUUGGAGCGAGCAUUGAAGAGGCUGUGUAUCGGGCGAUAUAUACUCAGAAGAACUGCAUACUAUUGCAACGCGCGAUUGCUAUUACGGGGGGUGAUGCGGAAGCGGUGUCGUAUCUGAGCGCGCAGGAGAUCAAGGACUGCGCGGUCAUGAACAGGAAGACGCUGGACAAGUCCUUCAGGUUAUGGGUGAGGGAAGUGCAGGUCAAUCCGCUAUACGAGAACGAAGAGGGUGAGCCGGAGAAGGGCAAGGUUGCGGGGAUGAAGAUG